GGCAAUUACAAGCUUUAUUAGCAGCUGCAAAAUAUGAGACCGUGAGCGGAAAAGUUGGCCCGGAGUGGCCCAGCCUGUAGAGCUUGGGCAUGGCUCAACUGAGUGACCAUUUGCGGAGGCUGACGGAGGCGACAGCCUCUGUGGAAGACAAGCUCAAGGUCGUGCUGGAGCUGAAGGAGGGGAUUGAAAUCGUGCUGACCCCGAGCGAGUACUCGGCGUUCGUGUCGACCUUCUUCAAGCCGUUCUGCGAUAUCCUGCGAACAGUCCCCCCUCAGUUUGCAGACACCCCCGAACACAAACUGCGCAGUACGGUGGUGGAUAUCCUCACGCGGCUGCCACAGAACGAGGUGCUGCGCAACCACAUCGUGGAGCUCUACGAUGUGUGCCUCAACGUCACGCAGAACGACAACCAGGACAAUGCGCUGCCGGCCAUCAAACUGCUUCUGGACCUGCAGAAGUCUUACAGGUCCUUCCUGGAGACGCAGGCCUCGCAGCUGGCUCAGUUCCUUAUCAAGUGCUUUUCCGAGUACCCCAGCACGGUCACGGAGCUGCUGGACCCGGGGCCGGCAGGCGGAGAGCCGCCGUUCGCGAAGGUGCCCUCGCAGGCCAUCCAAAGCGUCAAAUCCUUCAAAGUGAUGGCGGAGCAGCCGUUUGUAGUGAUGUUCCUGAUGAAUGCCUACGAGCGGCUGCGGCCAGUGGUGCUGCCGCAGCUGGUGCCGCUGAUCAUUCGGGCGGCGUGCCUGCAGGGGCCGGGCCUGAAUGACCCGCACAUGCGCGGCUCCCUGGCACAGCAGUACGCGGACUUCCGGCUGGUGCAGGUCCGCUGCAUGCAGUACCUGCUGUACCUUCUGCGCAACGCCGGCGCCGCGGCGCAGGCCGCCCUGGCGCAGCAGCAGGCCGGCCACGACGGGCGGCCCGCCUCCGCCGCCGCGUCGCUGGCCUUCCCCAUCGAGCCGCACGUGCCCGCCAUAGCCGAGGCGCUGGUGCACCUGCUGUGCCAGGCGCCCGACGUGGUGGUGACGCGCAAGGAGCUGAUGAUCGUGACGCGGCACCUGCUGCAGACGGCGGUGCGCAACUACCUGCCCGCCCGCCUGGACGAGCUGAUGGACGAGCGCGUGCUGUGCGGCAGCGGCCGUGCCUGCAACGAGAUGCUGCGGCACGCCGCCUGCGGCCUGCUGGCGGAGAUUGUGCACAACUGCCGCCGCCAGCUGAAGCCGCAGCAGCUGGCGCGCGCCACCUACCUCUUCGCCAGCAUCACCUGCUCCGCCAGCCUGCCCACCGCCACUCGCGCCACCUGCCUGCGCGCCAUGUGCGUGCUGGUGGACCCCAUCCUGCAGCAGGCCAAGGCGCCCGCCACCGGCACCGACCCGGGGCUGCGCGCGCAGGGCCGCCGGCUGCUGGGCCGCAUCCUGGAGUCGCUGGUGGCGGCGUUGAAGCACCUGAAGAGCCAGGGCACGCGGCUCAUCGCAGAGGCGCGCGCGGAGCGGGAGCAGCUGGAGAAGCAGCGCGCCGGCAUGUGCGCACCCACCGGGGCGGCGGCGGCGCUGGGGCCGGACGACAUGCUGAGCGCGGUGACGAUCCCCGGGGAGCGCGAGCGCGAGGUGGUGGAGAGCCGCGCGCUGCUGCAGGGGCUGCUGCCGCACAUGAAGCACCUAAGCUACGCCAUCUCCAAGUACCACCAGCAGGUGCCGCCGUCGGCGCCGCCGGUGCCGGGCCAGCCGCCGCCGCCGCCUGCGCUGCCCAUCGGGCCGGGCGGCCUGAGCGAGGACGAGAUUCGGCUCAUGUCACGGCUGUGGAGCUACGGCCUGCGCUGCCUCAAGCUGGCGGGCUACACGGGCGGCAGCACGCCGCUGACGGGCGCGCGGGAGAGCUACGAGAUGUUUGCGGACGUGUUCCUGCAACUGGAGCCGCGCGACUUCGUGGAGGUGGUGUCGGCGCGGCUGCCGGACCUGUUCGACUCAUUGCUGGACGACAAGGACGCCAUGCAGGUGGUGAUGCACAUGCUCAACAGCGCCACCAGCAUCGCACCCGCGCCGUCCGCGCCCGGGCUGCCGGCGCCCGCGGCGGGGCCCAACCCCGUGGGCAAGGUGGUGCUAGCGGUGAUGCUGGAGUUCAUGGUGAACAAGCAGAUGCCGCUGCUGGCGGACGUGAACAGCGAGGCGGGUGCGCUGGCGCUCAAGCUGUUCAAGAUGCUGUUCGCCUUCUUCUCCAACUACCCCGACACCGAGGCGGUGCUGCUGCCGCACCUGGUCAAGAUGACCGACAAGGCGCUGCGGGCGGCGGUGGCAGAGCGGGACGCGCUGGGAUACCUGCAGCUUCUGCGCUCCUUCUUCAAGGCGGUGGCCUCCAGCAGCACCAAGUGGAAGAUGGUGUACAACACGCUGCAGCCAUACGUGGAGCCCUGCCUCAGCAUGGUGCUGUCCAUGCUGGGCGGCCCCCACCCCGCCGAGCUGCGCGGCGUGCUGCUGGAGAUCUGCCUCACGCUGCCGGCGCAGCUCACGGGCGUGCUGCCGCUGCUGCCGCGCCUCAUGCGCCCGCUCACGCUGGCCAUCAAGAACGGCCCCGACGAGCUGGCCCUGGCCGCGGUGAAGACGCUGGAGGUGUGGGUGGACAACCUGAACCCCGAGUUCCUGGAGCCGGCCAUGGCCGAGGUCAUCUCCGACCUAAUGCACGGCCUGUGGGCGCUGCUCAAAUACAACAACCCGCUCGCCACAAAGGCGCUGGCGCUGCUGGGCAAGAUGGGCGGCCUGAACCGGCGCUGGCUCAAGGACCCGCAGCCGCUCGAGUACCGCGACAACCCCGAGCACGGCCUGCGCCUCAUCCUCACCUUUGAGCCGCAGACCUCCUUCCUGGUGCCCGUGGACCGCUGCGUGGCGCUGGCGCGCGCCGGCAUCUUCGCCGGCGCCUCCUCGGACGCAGGAGGCGGCGCCGGCGGGCCGGCAGCGGCCGCCGCCACCGCGGCCAUCGCCGCCGGCGACGGGCACUACCGGCGCCAGGCGCUGCGCUUCCUGCACGUGUGCCUGGCCAGCAUGCUCAACCUGCGCGUGCGCGAGGUGGAGGAGGACGCGGCGGCGGUGGAGGCGGCGCGCGGCGCGGGGCUGACCGGCCGCGGCUCGCUGCUGCGCGGCAGCUCCGUGAUGCCGCCCGGCUCGUCGCUCACGCUGCAGUCCAGCGGCCCCUCGGGCACGCUGCCGGGCGCCGCGUCGCUGGGGGCCGGGCUGGCGCUGCCCUCCGCCGGCGGCGCCGGCGCGGGUGCGGGUGCGGAUGCGGGUGCCGCGGGUGCGGGUGCGGGUGCGGGUGGCGCGGACGGCGAGGACUUGGGGGCGGCGGGGUCGGGGCCGUCCGACCCGGCGCUGGUGGAGGCGGGCAUGGAUGUGCUGCUCAAGGUGGUGACGGGGGAGCUACCGCCGCCCACUGUGGCGGUGGCCAUGCCCAAGCGGCAGCUGGACUCCGGCGUGAAGACCAAGACGCAGGUGGUGGCGGAGCGGCAGGUGCUGGCGCAGCUGCUGGCCGCGGUCAUGGGCGCCGCGGCCGACGAGACGCUCGCCGGCGUCGCCCGGCCCUUCGCGCUCAACGUGUCCCGCCACUUCGCCAUGCUCUUCGUGGCCGGCACGCUGCCGCCGCCGCCGGCGCCCGUCAUGGCGCGCACCGCGCCCGACGCCGCGGCGCAGCAGGCGGCGGCGGCUGCGGCGGCCGCGGCGGCGGGCGCGCCGCCGCCGCCGCAGCUGCCGGGUGUGGCGGCGGUGCUGCCUCAGGGUCUGCGCGAGCUGGACUGCCACCUGUACCUGGAUGCGCUGGUGGAGGUGUUGUGCGACAAGGCCGCCCUCAAGUCAAAGGCGGCGCUGGAGUGCCUCAGUGCCUUCGUGGACUGCGCGUUGCUGCUGCACACCGCCCGCCUGGCGAGGCCCGCGGCCCCGGCGGCAGCCGGCGCAGACGGAGCUGCGGGGGCCAGCCCGGCCGCAGCCUUGGGACCCAACACCGCAGCCGGCGCUGACGCCCAGCCCGCCGCGCCGGAUGGCGCGCCACCGCCCGGGGAGGUCGCCGCGGCCGCGCCGGCGACAGACGCCGCCGCCCCUGCCGCGGGAACGCCUCCCCCCGCCGCCGCGACGCCUACGCCCGAGCCCGGCCUUGGCGCCAACAACGGCGGCGGCGGCGCCGGCAACGGCGGCGCCGAGGGCAGCGGCCCCGCCGCCGCGCACGGCCUGCCCGCCAUCAUGGACGAGUUGAUGGGGCGCGUGCUGGCCUGCUGCCAAGAGGACACCUGGCAGGGGCGGCUGGCGGGCGCCCGCUCGCUGCGGCUGCUGACACCGCGCCUGCCGGCCGGCUACCUGACGGGCUGGUCGGUGGCGUGCCUGCGCGGCCUGGUCAACGUGAUCCGUUGGCUGCCCGAGUACUGCCGCGUGGAGCGGGAGGAGGUGGAGGCGACGCUGGGUGAGGUGCUGCACAAGGUGCUCCACGGCACCGAGAAGCCGCCGGCGCCGCCGAAGGAGGAGGGCAAGGAGGAGAAGGAGAAGGAGGAGGCCGCGAAGGCGGCGGCGGCGGCGGCGGCGGCGGCGGCGGCGGCGGCGGCGCGUCGGUCCAGCGGCGGCGCCGCGGCGGGCAAGGAGAAGGACAAGGAAGGGGACAAGGACAAGCAGGGGGAGAAGGCAGGCGAGGAGGCGAAGGAUGAGGGAGGCGAAGCGGCGAAGGAGGGCGCUGAAGCGGCGAAGGACAAAGAGGAGAAGGAGAAGCCCGCGGACGCGAAGCCUACGGAGGAGGGCGCGGCCGCAGCUGCCGCCGCCGCUGCGGAUGCCGCCGCUCCUGCCGCCUCUGCCUCGUCUGAAGCGGCCGCAGACGCAACCACCGCUGCCAGUGUGGCGGCGGCGGCGGCCUCCGGCGGCGGCAGCAACACGGACGCGCCGUCCGCAGCUGCGGUCGACGGCGCUGCGCCAGGCAGUGGCAGUCGCAGUGGCAGCGGGGAGGGCGGCUCCACCACGCCGGCGGACAAGGCCGCUGAGGGCGCCAAGCCCGCGGCGGAGGGCGCAGCGGCGGCCGACGGCGCCGCCGCCCCGGCCGCUGCUGACGGCGCUGGCAAGGACGGCGACGUUGCCAUGAAGGACGCUGCUGCCGACGCCGGCGAGGCAAAGGACGACAAGGACGCCGCCAAGCCGGCGGACGGGGCGGCCGCCAAGGAGGCCGACGGCGCCGCGAAGGCGCCGGCGGCCGCCGCCGCCGCUGCCGCUCCUGCCCCGCCGUCGGAGCCCGUCAUCUGCCCCGCAGCCACCAUGGACGCGAUGGCGGACGUGCUGGUGAACGCGAUGGUGGGCGCGGGGCUGCCGCGCUGGGUGCGCACCGCGGCGGAGGCGGCGCUGGGUGUGCUGGCGGCGGCGGUGGGCCGCACGGUGUGCUCCUACCUGCAGCCCGUCCUGGCGGCCAUGAACCCACCGCUGGUGUCGCGCCGGCUCAUGCCAAUCCGGAAUGUGGAGGUGACCAUCAGCCAGGUGCAGGCGCUGACGGUGGUGGCGCGUCAGCAGCCGCCCGCGCUGCCGCUCAGCGAGCAGCUGCAGGCGCUGGCGCACGAGGCGCUCAUGCUCGCAGACAAGGACGAGUCGGCGCUGGCGCAGCGGCUGUCGCAGAAGGACGAGCCGUCGGGCGCGGGGCCGGGCGGCGUGGGCGGCGGCGCGUACGCGGGCGGCCGCGGCGGGCCGGGCCCGCGCAACGUGACGCUGGACGCGCUGCAGCGGCUGCGUGUGGCGUGCAUGCAGCUGCUGUGUGCAUUGUGGGGCUGGGAGGAGUUCCGCGACCGGCCGGACUUGCGCCAGCUGCGCGAGAGCAUCACCGGCAUGUUCUUCAAGAACCUGACCGCGCCCGCCGAGGACAUCCACGCCGUGGCGCGCACGGGGCUGCAGCUGAUCGUGAGCUACCAGAAGCUGCCCAAGGAGCUGCUGCAGAACAGCCUGCGGCCGCUGCUGCAGAACCUGGCCACCUACCACAAGCUGCACCCGGCCAUGCUGCAGGGCCUGGCCCGGUUGCUGGAGCUGCUGAGCGACUGGUUCAACCUGACGCUGGGCGACAAAUUGCUUGAGCACCUCAAAAACUGGCUCAACCCGGAGAAGCAGCUUACGGGGCAGGUGUUGUGGAAGCCUGGCGAGGAGGCGCUGGUGGCGAGCUUGGUGCUGGACCUGUUCCACCUGCUGCCCCGCUCCGCCGUCAAGUUCCUGGAGACGCACAACGCGUCCACCGCCGCCGCGGCAGCGGCGGCGGCGGCUGCGCAGCAGGCCGCCGCGGCGAGUGGCGCCGACAGCAAGCCCACCACGGGCCCAGACGGCAAGCCGCUUGCGCCCGGAGCCCCAGGGGCGGAUGGUAAGCCGGCGGAGAGCAAGCCGCCGGUGCCGGAGCCCGGCCCCACCAAGCCGGGCCUGGUCAUCCUGACCAUCGAGCUGGAGGAGAAGCUUUCGGCGCUCAACAUGCCGGUGCCGGUGCCGCACGUGAUGACCUCGCCCUACCGCGCGCCGCUGACGCGCUUCCUGGUCAAGUACCCCGCCGAGGCCGCCGCCUACUUCCUGGAGCCCCCCCGCCUGGACAAGCCCAGCUACUUCUCGCGCCUGCUGGACAUCGUGCGCUCGCCCGCCGGCCGCCCGCUGCUGGACGCCGUGGCCAGCUCCACCGACAAGCUAGAGGCGCUGCUGCUGCGCUACGACCCGCCGCACCCGUCCGCCGUGCUGCCCGAGGGCACCGCCCCGCCGCCGGCGCCGGCGCAGCCGCAGGUGGCCUUCCACGCGGUGCACCUGGUGUGCGUCAUCGCCAAGCUGCAGCCGGCCUGGCUGCCCGCACAGCCGCGCAUCAUGGCCGCCAUAAUGCAACGCUGGCACUCGCCACACCGCGCCGCGCGCAUGGCGGAGGAGGACGUGGCCCUGGGGCACCUGCCCGCGGCGGCCGGCGCCGCGGCGGCGGCUGGCGCUGCCGCCGCCGGGGCGCCGACGUCGGCGGUCACGUGGGGCGCGGUGACGGCGACGCCGCGGGAGCAGCAGCUGGAGAGCAAGCGGCUGGCCAAAUGCGUGCUGGCGUACGUGCGGGAGCACCGCAGCGAGGUGAUGCCGUUGUUCGACAUCAUGUCUGUGUACCUGCACCGCUCCUCCGUGGACUACUCCUUCAUCGAGCACUUCUGCCGCACCGUGGUGGCGGCGCAGUACAGCACCGCGGAGAAGCGCGCCGUGCUGGCGGCCUUCGUGGAGGUGUUCCGCGAGGGCAAGCUGCCGGAGGAGCAGCUGGAGCGCAUCCUGCAGCUGCUGGUGAACCCCAUGCUGGUGGAGAGCUUGGAGAAGGGCCACCCCGAGGUCAUCGGCGAGGAGCUGGCGGACGCUGUGGUGCGCGACCUGUUCGACCCGCUGGAGGCCAGGAGCAAGGGGCACAGCGAAUCUCUGCGCAUCGAGAUGCUGCACCUGUGCACGCAGCUGUUCAAGUACUCGCCCAGUCUGAUGACCGAGAAGCACAAAAAGGACCUGAUAAAGUUUGGCUGGAACUACCUGAAGAAGGAGGACAGCGUCACCAAAAGCUACGCCUUCGUCAACGUCGCCUACUUCCUCAAGAACUUCGCCGCGCCCGAGAAGAUCAUGCUGCAGGUGUUUGUGGCGCUGCUGCGCGCCUGCCAGAUGGACACCAAGAAGCCGCUCAUCCGCGAGGCGGUGGACGUGCUGGUGCCCACGCUGGAGCAGAAGCUGCCGCGCAACGCCGACCAGCGCGUCAGCCUGUGGGUGCGCUACACCAAGAAGGUGUUGUCGGAGGAGGCUCAGUCCAUGGCCAGCGUGGUGCACAUCUGGCAGCUGGUGCUGCGCCACGCCGAGCUCUUCUACCCCUCGCGCGGCCAGUUCGUGAGCCAGAUGGUGCACACGCUCAACAAGCUGGGCCUGCCCACCUCCUCCCCCGAGUACCGCCGCCUCGCUCUGGACCUGGCGAAGCUGGUGGUGGCAUGGGAGCGCAAGCGACAGGAGAAGACGGCGGCGGCGGCCGCCGCCGCCGCCAGCCCGCCCCCGGCUGGCGCCGGCGGCGUGGGGCAGAAGCGGGCGCGGGAGGACGGCGGCGUCUCGGGUGGAGGCGCGGCGCCAGACGGCGCCGCCGCCGCGGCCGCGGCGCCGGAUGGGCAGCAGCCGCCAGCAAAGAGCCCGCGCACAGAGGCCGCCUCGCCGGAUGUUGCCAUGGCGGAUGGCGCGGGCGGCGCCUCGGGUGCGCUGGGGAGCGCGCCGUCGCUCGCAGCGUCGCCGGGCGCGCCAGCGCCCGGCGGUACCGCCGCGCGCGCCUCCUCUCCGGACGCCGGCGGCGCAGCCGCCCUGGAUGACGACUUCCGGCCGUCCUCCAUGAUGGAGGAGCAGCUGCUGAACUUCCUGGCGCGCUUCGUGCUCAUCACGCCCGACAACGCCAAGGAGGACGAGUCCAGCCUGCAGCAGGGCUACGGGCUGCAGGUGCUGCUGCAGGCGCUCAAGCUGUGGCCCAACACGAUGGUUAAGAUGUCCUUCUUGGAGCGGGUGCAGCUGGCGCCGCCGGAUCCAGCCAAGGUGGCGGCGGCAGUGGCCAAGGGCGCCAACGCCGCGGUGGUGUCCGCUGAGCCGCCCAGCCUGGGCGUGGCGCUUCAGGUGUGCCGUGCGCUGGUGGAGGCGCAGCUGCUGCCGGUGCUGGCUGUGAACGCGGGCGCGCUGGGGUUGCUGGUGGACCCCUGCCUGGCCUCACGCCACAAGAAGAACGCCGCGGAGCUGGGCGAGAUACUGCGGCUGCUGGCAGCCAAGAUCGCGGCCGCGCCGCCUGCGCCGCCGCCGCCGCCGCCUCCCCCGCCGCCGCCGCCCACCAUCGACCCCGCAACUGGCCAGCCGGUGCCCGCGCCCGCGCCGCCGCCGCCGCCCGCGCAGCCGCCCACGCCCGCCGUCGUGCUGUCCAGCGUGCAGCGGCGCGCCGAGGAGGCCAUUGCCAAGUUCCUCACCGCCGCCGCCGCCGCACCCGACCCGCCGCCGCCGGCGCAGGGCCAGCCGCCGGCGCCGCCGCCGCCCGGCACGGGCAUCGGCGGCGACGCACGGUUGCUGAUUGGGCUGUGCGGCAGCCUGGCGCUGUUGGAGUCGCUGGAGGGCGUGGCGUCCGCCAACUUCAUCUUCCAGUGUGUGCCGCCGCUGUGCAAGGUGCUGCAGAAGGCGGCGCGCGAGGUCGCCAACAUGGCGCCGCCGGGCAACGCCGCCAGCAGGCGUGGCGGAUCCGCGGCGUCCGCGUCAGCGGGCUCGGAGGAGCCCGAGUACGGCAGCCUGUACUGGGUGAUCGCCGCCUGCAUCCGCCUGUUGGCGCCGCGCGUGCUGCACCACAGCGAACAGCGCAAGGCCGUGCUCAGCAGCAUGAUCGGCCUCAUGGCGGGGCAGAACACCAAGCACAUGGACCCCAGCCUGUUCCUGGAGAUGCUCAAGGUGAUGGAGCGGUGGCUGGUGAACCCCUACCCCGGCCAGACCGGCAUCCUGUCGCCCAAGGAGGCCAUCCUGCUGGUGCAGCGGCUGGCGGCGCUGGAGAAGCUGAACCUAUUCGAGCACGCCUCGCAGCCCGCGGCCUCCUCCUCGUCCUCUGCGGCAGGCGGUGCGGGCGGCGGCGCGGGCGGUGUGAGCCCGUUGCGCAAGGCCUGGGACAGCACGUUGCUGUCGCUGGUGCUGCGGCUGGCUACGCCGCCGCCGGAGGCGCAGGACCUGGACCGGGUCCCCGAGGGCGAGCGCGACCGCGUGAUCGCCGAGACGCGCAAGGCGGACGAGUACUUCCUGCACCUGGAGCGGCGCUUCAUGAUGGGGCUGAGGUCGCAGGACCACAGCAUGCGCAAGCGCUUCUUCGACCUGUACGACAACCAUGUGGCGCCCAACCUGUUCGACCGGCUGCAGUUCGUUAUCAUGGUGCAGGACUGGGAGGCCAUGUCGGGCGGCUUCUGGCUCAAGACGGCGCUGGACCUGCUGCUGGCGGCGCUGCGGGAGGACGACCUCAUCAUGCUGGCGCCCAACUCCUCGCAGGUGCCGCCGCUGCUGCCCAUCCAGCAGAACGUGUUCGUGCCCCAGCCGCCCAAAAUGGAUCCGCGGCUACAGCAGCAGCAGGCGCUGGCGGCGGCGGGCCAGCCCAAGGUGGAGGUCAAGGCGGAGGGGCAGCCGGGGCAGCUGCAGCCCGCCGGCGCGUCCGGCGUGCAGCCCGCUGUGAGCCCACAGCAGCAGGAGGCGGCUGCCACCGCAGCUGCCGCGGCGGCGGCUGCCCAAGCGGCCGCUGCGGCGGCAGCCGGUGGCGAUCCAGCCGCAGCCGCAGCCGCGGCGGAGGCCGCCGCGACAGCUGCCGUUGCUGCUGCGGCAGCCGCCGCCGCGGCGGCGGCUGUGGCUGUGCCAGCGCCUGCUGAUGGGGCCGCCAACGCUGAGGGCACCACCGCGGCUGUCGAGGCCAAGCAGGAGCCCGGCGUUGUGAUCAAAGAGGAGCCGACCGGCGGUGCCACCGGCCCUGCGCCGAUGGCUGUGGACGGCGCCGCGGCGGCACCGGCAGCUGCAAGCACGCCCGCACCCGCGCCUCCGCCAGCUGCCGGCGACCCCAUGGACACGUCGCCCGGCGGCGCCGCCGCGCCGCCUGCGGCCGCGCCGCCGCCUGGCGCCCAGGCCUCGCCUGACCCGGCGGCCACCGCCGCCGCAGGUGCAGGGUCGGAGGGGCAGCAGCCGGCCGGUGAUGCGGCGCAGGCUGCCGCCAACGCGGCAGACCCCUUCGCCGCCGCGGCGGGCGGCGCGGCAGCGGCGGCCGCUGCGGGCCAGGCGGCGGGGCCGCCGGGCUCGGGCCUGGCUGCCAAGUUUGCGGGGGCGACGCCCGACGUGCUAGACGCCGUGCGCAGCCACGUGGAGUGGCUUGAGAGCAUGGGCAAGCUGCGUGUGCGCGACCUGGUUCUGUCGCUGCGCGAGUACGCUGGCGCCGACCCGCUGGUGGCGUACCACCUGUGGGUGCUGGUGUUCCCCAUCGUGUGGGCAUCGCUGCUCAAGGAGCAGCAGGUGUCGCUGGCCAAGCCCAUCAUCACGCUGCUGGCCAAGGAGUACCACCACCGCCAGGCCAACGCGCGGCCGAACGUGCUGCAGGCCCUGUUGGAGGGCAUCAGCCUGUGCCAGCCUCAGCCCAAGAUCCCGCCCGAGCUGAUCAAGUUCCUGGGCAAGACCUACAACGCCUGGCACAUCGCCAUCCCGCUGCUGGAGAGCCACGUCUGCAUCUUCCCGGACGAGUCGCGCUGCUUCGACAGCCUGGCGGAGCUGUACCGGCUGGUCGCGGAGGACGACCUGACGUGCGGGCUGUGGCGCAAGCGCGCCGCCACCGACUGGAGCCGCACCGGCCUGGCGCUCAUACAGACGGGGCACUGGGAGCGGUCCAUGGACGUGCUGGGGGAGGCCACCCGGCUGCACCACCAGCAGGCCGCCAUGCGCACCGCCACCGAGCAGCAGCCCAACCGCGGCGAGCAGGCGCUGUGGAUCGAGCAGUGGCUCAGCUGCUGCCGCCAGCUCAACCACUGGGACCUGCUGCUGGAGUACGGCAAGAGCACGGAGCAGCUGGAGGUGGUGGUGGACUGCCUGUGGCGCCUCAGCGACUGGACGCAGCUGCGCGAGCAGCUCAACAGCAACGCCGCCAAGGGCGGCGCCGUGGAGGAGUCGCCGGCGCUGCUCAUGACGCGCGCCUACCUAGCGCUGCAGGAGGGGCACGUGCAGGAGGCCGACACGCAGACCAACCGCGCGUUGCUGGCGGCGCUGCACCGCUGGUGGGCGCUGCCGGACCUGCCCAGCCACUCCACGCACGUGGGGCUGCUGCAGACCUUCCAGCAGCUGGUGGAGCUCAAGGAGUCUGCCCGCAUCCUGGUGGACCUGGCCGCCGCCAACGGCCGGCCCGACCACUCCUUCACCGACCUCAAAGAGAUCAUGGAGACCUGGCGCCUGCGCACGCCCAACGACUGGGAGAGCCUGGUGCACUGGCAGGACGUGCUGGUGUGGCGCAACCAGAUCUACAACAUCGUCAUCAACAGCUUCGGCUCCAUGCGCGACAUGGCGCCCGCGCUGCACCAGCUGGGCUACAAGGACAAGGCCUGGUCCGUGAACCGCCUGGGCGCUGUGGCCCUCAAGCACGGGCUUCCAGACACCUGCCUGCAGAUGCUCAACACCAUGUACGGCUACAACGCCAUGGAGGUGCAGGAGGCGUUUGUGAAGAUCAAGGAGCAGGCGGAGGCGCACCUGGACCGCGGGCAGGCCGACCUGCUGGUGGGCCUCAACAUCAUCAACACCACGAACCUGGACUACUUCCAGCCCACUCACCAGGCGGAGCUGUUCAGGCUCAAGGCGCUCAUGCAGCAGUCCCUGGGCGACGAGGAGGCUGCGUCUUCCUCCUACUCGGUGUCGCUGUCGCUUUGGCGGCUAUGUAGCGACACGUGGCUCAGCUGGGGCGCCUUCAACGACAAGGCCUACGAGGGCUCCGUCAGCGCCGCCGCCAUGCACGCGCAGGCGGUGGCGCAGGCGGCGCAGGCCGGCCAGGCGCCGCCGCCCGGGCCCGGGCCGCAGCCGCAGCUGCAGCACCUCGAGUACGCGGUGUACUGCUACCUGCAGGCGGUGCGGCUGGGCAACGCGCAGGCGCGGUCGCUGUUGCCGCGUGUGCUGCACCUGCUGUCGUUCGACAACCACAACGGCUGCGUGGGCGGCCACCUGGACAAGGCGCACGGCGAGCUGCCGCCCUGGGUGUGGUUCAUGUGGAUCCCGCAGCUGCUGGCCUCCCUGCAGCGGCCCGAGGCGCAGCACGUCAAGCUGCUGCUGCAGCAGGUGUCGGCGGCACACCCGCAGGCGGUCUACUACUGGCUGCGUGUGUACCUGCUCAGCCUGCGCGAGGCGGCGCAAAAGGCGGCGCAGGAGCUGGCGCGGCUCAAGGCCGAGGCGGAGCGCAAGGCGGCGGAGGGCGGCGGCGAGGGCGACGCGCACGGCGUGGCGCGGCUGGACCCGAGCCGCGCGGCGGAGAUGCGCGCGUUCGAGGCCGGCAAGGAGGUGAUGGACGUGCUGCGGGCCAAGUGCUCGGCGCUGACGUUGACGUUGGAGGGCAUGCUGCAGGAGAUCGGCAGCAAGUUCGUGCCCAAGCCGGAGGAGCGGCUGCUGGCGGUGGUGAACGCGUUGCUGCACCGCUGCUACAAGGUGCCCUUCUCCAACCAGGCCGAGGUGCCGCAGCUGCUGCGCAAGGAGCUGGCAGGCGUGUGCAAGGCCUGCUUCUCGCCCGAGCAGGCCGCCGCGGCCUCGCGCGCGCAGCAGCAACAGCAGCAGCAGGCCAAGGGCGGCGCGGCAGCCGCCAACGCGGCGGCGAAUGCGGCGGCGGCCAACGCGGCGGCGGCGGCGGCGGCUGGCAACACGGUGCAGCGCGACUUGCGCGAGGCGUUUGUGCGCGACAUGACGCCCGACGGACCCAACUUCCCCAAGACGCUGGGCGAGCUGUCGGAGCAGCUCAAGCACUGGCGGGCAAAGCUGCAGGCCGACCUGGAGGAGAAGCUGCCCAGCAGCCUGCGCCUGGCGGACGAGGCGCGGCCGCUGGUGGAGCUGUCGCUGGCGGAGGUGGAGGUGCCGGGCCAGUAUCUUGGCGGCAACGAGGUCGCGGCGGACGCCAUCGUGCACCUGGAGGCCUUCGGCUCCAGCGUGGCGGUGGUGCGGCGACACUGCACCUCCUUCCGCCGCCUGGUGCUGCUGGGCAGUGACGGCCGGCCGCGGCACAUGCUGGUGCAGACCGGGCAGAACAACGCGCAGGGCACCACGGACGAACGCAUCAUACAGCUGCUGCGCCUGUCCAACAGGCUGCUGGACGCGCACCCGCAGAGCCGGCAGCGCGCGCUGGCGUGGCACACGCCCGUGAUCGUGCCGGUGUGGGUGCAGGUGCGGCUGAUGGAGGAGGCGCCCUCCUACUCCACCUACUACGAGGCCUACGAGGUCAACUGCGCGCGCUACGGCCGCGAGCCCGACAUGCCCAUCAUCGCCUUCAAGCAGCGCUGCGCCGACGCGCGCGGGCAGGUGGCGCAGGACGCCAGCAGCGCCGCGCUGCGGCAGCAGACGUUCGCGGAGGUGUGCGCGCACAUCGUUAACGAGAACGUGUUCAGCCAGUACGCGUACAAGAGCCUCCCCAGCAGCACGCACCUAUGGGUGUUCAAGAAGCAGCUGUGCUCGCAGACGGCGCUCAGCGCGCUCAUGUGCCACAUGCUGCUGGUCAGCGGGCGCUCGCCCACCAAGAUCCUGUUCGCAAAGGACACCGGCCGCCUGUACCAGAGCGACGUGCUGCCGGUGUACAACGAGCGCGGGCUGCUGGAGAAGGUGGAGCCGGUGCCGUUCCGCCUCACGCGCAACCUGACCGCCUUCUUCACGGCGUUCGGGGUGGAGGGCGUGUUCACCACCGCAAUGGCCAACGCGGCGCAGGCGCUGGCGGCCAAGAACUCCAACGCGCAGCACUUCCUGGGGCUGUUCUUCCGAGACGACAUCGUGGCCUGGGCCGCGCGCCGCUCCAACAAGCAGGCCGUGUCCAUGAAGAACGAGAUGCUCAAGCCGCUGGUCAGCCGCAACGCCAAGAUGGUCCUGGAGCGCAUCAGCCGCGUGUGCCCCGCCGUGCUGUCGGAGGAGGCGGCCGCGCAGGCCGCCGCGCAGGCCAACGGCGGCCGCAUGAACCCCGGCGUGUGCCCCGGCGCGGCGCCGGUGGUGCCGCUGCCGGCACUGCUGUCGGGCGUGCUGGAGCUGAUCCAGCAGGCCACCGACCCCAAGAACCUCAGCCGUAUGGAGCCCACGUGGCACCCCUGGUUCUAAAGAGGGCGGAAGGGUCGUGGGUGCGGAGGUGGGGAGGUGGGGGCGUGGGUGCGGAGCUUGUUGUCGGGGUGUGUGGGUGGUGUAGGUGGGUGUGUGGGUGGCAGCGCGGGUGUAACGGCGGGCGGUGGGCAGUAAUGGGUGCGCUGCCUGGGGCGCAGUGCGGUCUGUGUGUAUGUCUUGGUAUUCGGACUGCUGCAUCGCCCCAUAGAGUGACAGAGGGUGGCCUGCCCCGCCCGGGCUAGGGGCUGGGGGUGUCUGGUGUUGGAAGUACCGUGUCAAGGUUGGGAACUGUGUGCAUGUGUGCGGCUGCACGGGCUUGAGGGCUCGCAAUGGCGGGCCCACGGCCGACGCCACGCCAAUGCCUUGUGGGGUGCCUGGAAGGCAGCAAUGUCGCAACCGACGGGUGGUAUAAGGACCCGUGUGCUGAGUUGGCAAAAGCUGCUGUGAGUUCUAGCAAGCCGCGCUGGUCGAGCCAGUCGUGAGUAUGUCUAAGGAUGGGGCUUACCGGUUCCUGAAACCGCUCUCGCUGGAGCUCAUCCCCGUUAUGACCGUGCCGGCUUGCGCACGACGGGGAGUUUUGUGUGCAGCCGGAUGAUGUUGCAGGUACGACUGACAAACAAUUUCGGGAGUCAAUGGGAAUGAGGGUGAAGCCGUGAAGGCACGGUUGGAGACCGGGGAGGAGGCCCUGGAACCUGUAACUGAGCGUGCUU